AUGGAUCGAAUUUCGCCCACGACCAUCCUUGCCGUGGCAGUUGUCGGCUUUUAUUUUGUAUGGAGAUCACAAACCAAACCCAAGUCUCUCCCUCUACCGCCAGGCCCAAAAGGGCUCCCGAUAGUGGGAAACCUAUAUGACCUUCCACCGGAAGGAUCUGUAGAUUUUCUUGAGUGGAUAAAGCACAGGGAGCUGUACGGUCCUAUCAGCUCUUUGACCGUACUCGGCACUACCCUUAUCCUCAUCAAUGACAAGCAAUAUGCAACUGACAUCCUGGACAAAGAGUCUGCAAAGACUUCAUCUCGGCCGGAAUCAGUCUUUGCAUAUGAAUUUGCUGGUUGGAAGCAGUCACUUGCCUUGACAAGGGACAGAAGGCUGUUCCGGCAGUAUCGCAAAGCUAUGGCAAAGGUGCUAGGUUCGAAAACUGCGGUCGCAAAAUUCCACCCAUUGCAAGAACUGGAGUCCCAAAGGUUUUUGUUGCGGCUGCUGAAGGACCCUAAGCACUUCCCUGAACAUCUUCGAAGAGAAGCGGGGGCCUUCAUUCUGAAAGUCACCUAUGGUUAUUCCGUCCUGCCUGAAGACAUCGACCCACUUGUCUCUUUGUCUGAGUCUGCUCUCGAAUGGUUUGUAUACAGCACCCUGCCCGGAAAGUGGCUGGUGGAUUUGCUUCCAUUCAUGCGUCACAUACCGGAAUGGUUGCCCGGAGGCAGGUUCAAGAAAGCCGCACGGGAGGUAGACGGACAUGUACAGGAAAUCAUUAAGAAACCAUUGGCCUUCACAAUACAUCAAAAGAAACAGAAUAAGCACGUACCUUCCUACGCGUCAGACCUCCUUGACGAAAACGAGUCUCACAGCGAUGUGGCAUGGACUGCAAUGGGGAUGUAUAUUGCUGGUACUGACACGACCGUUGCUUCGCUGAAAGGAUUUUUGCUUGCCAUGUUACUCUUUCCUGAAGCUCAACGCAAAGGGCAAGAGGAAAUCGACCGUGUCGUCGGCCGUGACCGUCUUCCAAUCCUUGCCGAUCGUGAUCAACUUCCCUACUUAAACGCGAUGGUCAAGGAGACUAUGCGUUGGCACACGGCAGGCCCAAUAGCCUUGCCUCACAGGGCAGAUGAAGACCUCACAUACAAGGGCUAUCUUAUACCCAAAGGUGCUACUUUAAUGCCUAACGCCUGGCUGUAUAACAACGACCCCACUACAUACCCUGAGCCAAGAACAUUUCGGCCUGAGAGAUUUCUCGAAGGCGACGGCUAUCAACCGGAAGCGGACCCUACCGAGAACAUUUUCGGUUGGGGACGACGCAUUUGCCCAGGACGCCUUGUCGCUGACAGUGCCGUGUUUGUGACCAUGGCACAAACUCUCGCUGCUUACACCAUGACCUCACCGGUGGGACCAGACGGGAAAGCAAUCGAGCCCAAAAUUGGCUACAUACCGGGCAUUGUGGCCCAUCUUCAGCCAUUUGAAGUGGAUUUCAAGCUGCGCGAUCCCAGAUACGAACAAAUGAUCCGAACUACCGGGAAGGAGGAUGCUUACUCCGGUGAUGCAGAGAUUCUUUCCCAGGUUAAGUGGUAG